AUGCCUCUCUACAGUGUUCCGCUCGCCCGGGCAAAGAUGUGGCUCCGUCGACGAAGAAGACAACCAUGGUCGCCACGGACAAGCCUCUUGGACGAAGCCAGAUGUUCAGUUAUAGUCCUCCUCGGCGCAUGCUUCCUCACCACAAUUCUGGUCACCAUAACCUUGAUGAGAGCAUCCUCGGAGUCCAAACAACCCAUCGCCUGGAUGGCGGAGCUUUCGAUCGUCCUGAUUAUCACGCAAACUUGUUACGCAGCUGUCUUUAGCAUUCACAAAUGCAUUCUUCCCCCGCCUGGUCGCAUUAGUGGUCUGGUAUACUUCUACUGGCUUACCUGGAUCGGCUUGCAGGCUCUCAGCUUCUUCGCCGUGCGGCACGCCUUGCACGAAGAUUGGUCGCAGACCAAGUACGUCGCUCUCGCCUGGUUGUUCAUGAGCGCCGGGUCCGUCCUGAUAUGGACAUACGUAUUGGUCUGUUUAAGAGGAGAGAGACACCGACGGGGGAGGACGUUGCGACAUGACACGGCUGGUCAGCUUCUGGUGAUGCAGAUGGAGACGAGAGAGCGAGCCAUUGACAUGGAAGCGGCCGUGAGCACGGUUCAAGCACCACCAUCCGUUGUCGUGAGGGAGGUGAAGAACGAAGAUUUGAGGCUGAGCUGA